AUGGCUCCGCGUGAAAAAGUUGAAUUCGUUUUAGUUCGCCUGUCGUAUGUGCCAUAUAUCCAUCCUUUAUAUCCACGCAUCAGCUAUCAGAUUAGAAAACACCCUCCAACAGGGUCAGUUGUACAAGUCCGUGAUUGGUUCGAGCAUGUAAUGCUAAGAGAACAUUCGAAACUUCCACCUGGUGUUAAUCUGCGCUACUCCGAGUGGCGCAUUAUCACCGGGGACGUGGAUCUCUUCAAGGUGGAGGGCUGUCGCUUCGACAAGAUCAUGUUGGUGCUCGGCGAGGAGAACAUAUCAUGGGUGUUCUAUCAAAACAUGCCACUACAUCGACGCAUCGAGGGAAGUGCUUGCUUACCAGUAAGCUACUGCGGCUGCUGCCUCAACAAUCAGUACUUGGAUAUAAUGAAGAAGAUUAAGCAAACUCUGUCGAGAACGAAAUUGCGAUAA